GAUCAAUAAGCCACGACAAUAGAGUAAUACGGGUUUUCCAAUGUUCUCUUGUGUAAUAUAAACACAAAUGUCGACGAAUGGAUAAAUGGAUCAACGUUAUAUAUAACCGUAUGGUUCGACUGGAUACAUGGCGAGAUAAACAAACACAUUUUGUAAAUAACCUGACGGUUAGAGUUUUACUGAAGCUUAACAAUUUUAUGAUAUUUGUAGUGAGAUCGCAGAUGUAUAUAUGACAUAUGCACACUUAGACGUUUUAGAGUAGGGAUUUAAUGGAUUUUGUAGCAGGAAUCAGUUACAAAAGUGUAAGAAAAUGCCUUUGACUCGACAGCGUUCGCGAGUAGACGGACAUUUCUGGUAUAGGAGUAUUUUGAUCAGUUCUAUUGUUUUUAUUGGCCUGGCGUUAUUGUUGCAGUUCGUCGGCUUCGUGACGCCGGGAUGGAUUGUUCUGUCACAGCCGUCGGGAUUUACAGUGAGCGCCGGGGUAUGGUACAUUCAGGUGUGCAAUGGAUCACCCCAGUGCAGAACGGCCUCGAUGACUAGGGUCGUGAAUCCGUUCAAUGUCGCUGGGGACAAUAACGUUGAAUUUACAAACUGGACGGAACUGCAGGUUGAGAUUACUCUGGCUUUUGUCUCUUGUAUAGUCAGUGUUCUGAUGACGGUGAAUGCAUUUAUUAACAUGUCACAGGGCCCCAAAUCUUACCUCGGGUGGGCUGUUGUAGCAGCCGUCAUCUCUGCCGCCUUACUCAUGAUACCCAUAGGACGCUUACUGGACAUCAUAAGACAAUGGGACAGUUAUAUAGUCUAUUCCACGCCAUAUUCUCUAGUGUCUAGCUGCCUGGGGUGUGUAUGUGCCCUAAUGUCGGCAGUGCUCAAUCUAUGUGCAAUGUGUAUGAUCCUGUAUGACAGGAAAAUGGAACGAUCCAAUUCUGAUGAACGCGAUGACUUGACGUUAAAUUCAGCAUGAAAAUACUGUCGUCAAUCACGUGUUGUAACGGUGCAAAAUCAAAAUGUUUGCGGACAUUCGCUAAGAUCUGUGUAACAGACUGCGAUUUGUCCAGUGUGUGACAAUCUGUGAUUUGUCUAGUGUGUAACAGACUGCAAUUUGUCCAGUGUGUGACAGACUGUGAUUUGUCCAGUGUGUAGCAGUAUUGUCUUUCAGGAUUGAGCUGAAACACGGGAACAGGUUCCUUCAAGUCCAGUUUAAAGUAAUGACGUCUUUUGGAACAAUCUAUCGGCGUUUGUCUUAGUACCUUAAUUAAAACACACAAAGAUGACGCCCCCUUACAUUGUACACAAGAACUGUGGAUAUUAUUGCAUCUGUUUUCGUUUAAUUUUGAUGUGUCAGCCUGAAAUGUGCGAAAUAAUUACGUUCACGCAGAGAUGGACAGCGAAUUACGUGGUCAUCUGCCACAGUACCAGUUCGUACAACCUGAAUUUAAAUUGAACGUAAUUCAGCAUGAAUGACAUCGUUUAAAAUAAACAAAAGACGAAUACUUUCAUGUAAUACAGUAUAAAGCAAUAUUUAUUUACAUGGUGUAAAAUGUUCAAGGUUUUUGACCUAGGACUUAAAUUCUUUGAAAUAAGGAUUAGUUCUUUUCAUUUCACGAGAUACUGUAUAACUGAUGGCUAUUCAACACUUAACUUAGUCAAGUAUUUAUUUUUUUAAUAUUGAUAAAUGCAGUUUGUAUUGCUUAUAUAUCUGCCAUAUUAUCAAAAAAAGAGAUUUCAUUUUCGGCUA